UGAGGCUGAGAAUAAAAAAGAUGAGUCUGAGGAGAAAGAAGAUGAGGCUGAGGAGGACAAAGAGGAUGAGCAAAAAAAUGUAGAAGAUGAGAAGGAUAAUGAUAGAAAUGAUGAUGGUGGUGUUGGUGGUGGUGUUGGUGGUGGUAAUAAGAAAGAUGAUGAUGGUGGUGUUGGUGGUGGUAAUAAGAAAGGUGAUGAUGGCGGUGAUGGUAGAUCGAUGCAUGUUGAGGUAUAAUUUAAUUUCUUCAUGCUUAAUUUCAUUUUAUAUCUAUAUUUUAAUUUUUUUUAAUUUUAGGUCCCUGUUGAGGAUGUAAAUCAGGUUGGUUUAGAAACAGCUGCUGGCGAGGUAUGUUGUGUAUCAAUCCUGUAUUGAAUAUGUAUCAUUUAAGUAUAUUUAUGUUAUAAUUGUUACUUUCCUGAAAUUAAUUUUUUCAUGCUUAAUUUUUUAUUUUUUAUUUGUAUUUUAAUUUUUAGGCCCCUGUUGAGAAUGUAAGUCAGGUUGGUUUGGAAAUGGCUGAUGUGAAAAUGGCUGCUGGCGAGUUUUCUAUGGGGAGAGCAAGUGAAGCUGAUGUGAAAAUGGUUGCUGAUGAGGUUCUAUUUUCUGAGAAGAAGAAUUUUACUACUCCUAUGGAUAACAAACGGAAUAUCAAGCCGAGUAUUUUAUUGAAAUCUCCAUACUUGGCUGAAUUCAGUUCUGGAAACAACGAAUACCGCAUAGAGAAUGCUACUUUUGUUGUUCCUAAAUUGUGUCCAUUGGACAAUAAUUUAGGAGAUGUUUUAAUGUGCGAUGAAUAUCUGGAGUAUCAUGAUUGGAUUGGUAAAGGACAUUUGAGAUAUCCCAAGGCCAAAGAGUAA